AUGGAUGGCGCACCCCAGCGGGACUGGGAGUUCCUGACCGACGCGGAUCCCAACACCAAGGAGGCAUACCCUGUCUUCGGCCUCGGCAAUCUCACAGCAAAAAGGGUCGAGACGACCGCCGAGGCCCGACACUCCCACAACCCCUCCGAGUCCAAUGACAAGAAGAUCCUCGUAGAAAUAAACAUCGCCACCUUCAACAUCCAGUCGGGGAGAGAGCCAAAGGAAGGAUCGAAGCGUCGAAAAGAGAAGAUCAACAAGCUUAAGACCACGAUGGCGUGCCUGUACGACGAGGACCUCCACAUCAUUGGUAUCCAGGAGGCAAGGACACCCUGGGGCGUCCGCGACGCAGGUCAAGACGACGACGCCAGAUGCGCCAACGCCAACUGCUACCGCACCACUUCCAGCGGCCACAAAGGGUUCAACUACGGCUGCGAGCUCCAUGUCCUACUCAGCAAACCCUACGGCAAGAACGGCAAACAGGAGCUCUUCUUCAAACCUGACAAGUUCACAGUCGUUGUCAAGGACCCCAGGCUCCUCAUCGUUCGCGUAGCCGCCCUUGGCUUCAACCACGUGCUUGCCGUCGCCCACGCCCCACACUCGAAGGCCCUCGCGACCGAGAAGGAUAGCUACUGGAAGAAGCUCGCGGAGAAUACAGAAAAGCACCAAGUCAACAUCAUCUUCCCCGAUGCAAGCGCCAGGACAGGCAGCACCACCAGCGCGGCCAUCGGCGACAAGGGCUUCAAGCAAAACGAGGACCCAAACGGACACCGUCUACAUGAGCUGCUCCUGACCAACCACCUGGCGGCCGCCAACACCUUCGUCAGUCAUGGACCAGAGCAUCAUACCUGGCACUCGGGCAAGGACCCUCAUCGCAUCGACUACGCCAUCAUCCCCAAGGGCUACAUAGACUCCAUCGAGGAGUGCGCCGUGCUCUACGGCAUAGACAGCGGCCAAGAUCCAGAGACUAAGGACGACCACUACCCAGUCAAGAUGCAGCUUGCCUACCAGAUCGUCUCGUCCGUCACCAAAGGUAACCCGAAGUUAGACGAGAGCAAGCUAGCCGACGAAGGGUGCCGCAAAAAUUUCUGCCAAAAACUAGACGAGGUCAAACACACGCCCUGGGACACCAACGUCAACGAGCACCUCGCCAUAGUCACAGAGAAGGUCACGGAGGCCGCUUACAAGCGCUUCCGCUCCAACAGCCGCACCCCACACAAGCCCUACCUUACCGGGCUACGCUACACGGCAAAGAUCAUCGCGAGGGAAGCCCUCCUGCCCGACCCCUCAGAUGCGAGUGCCCUGGCCGCUCUCAGCGACUACGUCAAACUAGUGGCGGCCUCUAUCAUAUUCAGCACUCCCAGCUUAGCUUCCCACGUCGUGGAACCCGACGACGCCAACACCACGCACAGCGCCCAGCACUAUUUUGACGCCCACCUCCUAUUCCUCAGGACGUCUAAGUCGACCCUACAGAAGUGGAUCACGACAGACCGCGACGACUUCCUUGAGAGAACCGCCGGCGAGAUGGGUGCAGCGAUCGACGACCACGCCCCCCGUCUAGAGGCCCUGUACGCCAAGCGACUACUGGCCUUUGGAGGACGAAAGUCAAAGAAGCCGCCGAUGCCCAUCAUCCGCACCAACGACGACGGGGAGCCCCUCACCGAGAAGAGCGAGAUCGCCGACCACGCCCUAGCCUUCCACGGCAAAGUUGAGCAAGCUAUUGCCACGAAUGCAGACGGGGUAGCAGCCGACUACAACAAGAGGACCCGCCACGCAGGACCAGAACCAAAUAUCCAACACAUAAUACCCAAGCACCAGCUGACCAGCCAGCCCGCCGCCGCCAAGCGAGGCCGCCGAGGAGGCCCUGACCAGCUCACCGACGACAUGUCCAGAGCCAGCCCUGAAGGGAUGGCUCGCCUGCUCCACCCCGUCCUAGUCAAGACCCACUUCGAGAGCACCGAGCCCAUCGCCGCCAAGGGAGGGUACACUACAUAUUUCCACAAGGGACAGGCGGCCAUGGAGCUCCAGAAAUCAUACCGCGGCACCCUGCCCAACAACACCAUCGGCAAGAUGCACAGCGCCUUCCUCCGAUCCCGUGUGAAGGGCCUGCUACCUGAGCUACUAGAAGCAACCCAAUGCGGCGCCCGACCCAAGAUGGCCACGGAUGUCAUUACUCACACCAGUCUCGCCUUCAUCAGCGACUGCCAGAGGAGAUCAAGAUCAUGCAGCAUCACCUUCCUGGACCUCAGGGAGGCCUUCCACUCCGUCAUCAGGGAAUUCUGCAUGCAAUUGCCGACCACCGCUGAUGAGCUCAACGAGCUCAUCGAACGGAUCGACAUUCCCGACUUCAUCAGACCAGCCCUAAAGGAAGGACUCCAGCAACCCGCCUACAACAACCAGCACACCGACGACGAGCACCUCUGCCACAUGAUCGCAGAUCACCACACCCCCAACUGGAUGACAGCCAAGAGCGCAAGGCACUACCAGCUGCCUCGGACCAGCACCCGACCUGGAGUGCCAUACUCGGACGUCGCCUUCAACAUACACUUCGCCAUCAUGCUGAGGGCAAGUGACCAGGCAGUUCGAGAGGAAGAGGCCCACGGCCAGCAGAGAGGAAGCGCGCUCAGAAACAUGUCCUUCGUCGACGGCCCCACCGACUACAACUCGACCGCCAACGCCAACGACCUGAUCAACACGAAAGCUCUGGCAGCAGCCAGGCUCUGCACGGCAGCAUUCCAGCAUGGACUGAAGCCACACCCUGAAAAUACCAAGGCCAUCUUCAUGCACUACGGCGCGGGGGCCAAGCAGGAGAAACAACGGACAGCCAAGGAGGGCAUCGCAUACCUAGAACUGGACGGACUCGCGAUCAAGGUGCAGCUGGUGGCGCAACAGAAGGCCCUCGGUACCAUCGUCUCGGCGGGCGGGGUCACGGGGCCAGAGAUCUGCCCAAGGGCCAACCGUGCACUUGGUGCAGCUCGGCCUCUAGAGAAGCAGAUCCUCCGCCGCAAGAAGCUCUCGAAGAAAGCUAAGGUCAAGCACGUCCACUCUUUGUCGACAUCCUCGCCCACCUACAACCACCAUGCCUGGAACGACCUGGCCCAGAAGGACCUGAAGCACAUUUCCGCCAAAUACAUGGGCCCAUACCGAGUCGCAGCUUCACUGCCCAAGACCAACUCACCCGUCCAGCACAUCUCCGAGGCCGAGGCGAUCGCCAAGACAG